AAUGGGAGAGCUGCAGCACGGCCGUCUCGCGUAGGGCGUGUGAAGGAGCGGCCGCCGUUUCGCUCGUGUGUGGAUAGCGCGGUCGUUCGUUUCGGCUCGGUACGGCUUGUCCCGCAUGAGCGCCCGUAACCGCCGUUCUUUCAGAAGGUAUGCCCAUUGCUCCAGUUUACCACUUGUGAGAAGGACAAAGAAAUUGGCCCGAGAUUGCAGAGGAGAAGCCUACAGAGGGUAGCUAAUAUUCACCUAGAGGUGAUCUUUGAAAACUCCCGAGGACAGGACACAAGCAGAUCUCUCUCUGAAAAUGGCAGAAGCUCAUCAAGCAGUUGCUUUUCAAUUUACCGUAACUCCAGAUGGGAUUGACCUGCGAAUGAGCCAUGAGGCACUCAAACAAAUUUAUCUAUCUGGUAUCCAUUCAUGGAAGAAAAAGUUCAUCAGAUUCAAGAAUGGAAUUAUCACUGGCGUUUAUCCUGCUAGCCCAUCUAGCUGGCUUAUUGUAGUUGUGGGCGUGAUGUCAACAAUGUAUGCCAAAAUUGAUCCUUCUUUAGGAAUAAUAGCUAAAAUCAACCGAACACUUGAUACAACUGGCUAUAUGUCAAACCAAACACAGAACAUCGUGAGUGGAAUACUUUUUGGCACAGGGCUUUGGGUUGCCCUUAUUGUCACAAUGCGCUACUCUCUGAAAAUGCUGCUUUCCUAUCAUGGUUGGAUGUUCGCUGAACAUGGGAAACUAUCUGCAGGCACGAAGCUUUGGAUGGCACUUGUAAAACUCUUCUCAGGACGUAAACCCAUGUUAUACAGUUUCCAGACAUCUUUACCACGACUGCCAGUUCCAGCUGUUAAAGACACAGUCAAUAGGUAUCUGGAAUCAGUUCGGCCACUUAUGGAUGAUGAAGAGUUCAGAAGAAUGGAGGGUCUUGCCAAAGAUUUUGCAUUUAAUUUGGGACCAAGGCUUCAGUGGUAUUUGAAGCUAAAAUCCUGGUGGGCUACAAACUAUGUUAGUGAUUGGUGGGAAGAAUAUAUCUACCUUAGAGGACGUGGACCAAUUAUGGUUAAUAGUAACUAUUUUGCAAUGGACUUCCUUGAUUUAUCUCCCACAACACUGCAGGCGGCUAGAGCUGGUAAUGUUAUCCAUGCUAUCCUGCUCUACCGGAAAAAACUGGACAGACAAGAAAUCAAGCCAAUUCUUCUUAUGGGAUCUACUGUUCCACUCUGCUCAGCUCAGUGGGAACGGAUGUUUAAUACCUCUCGUAUCCCAGGAGAGGAAUCUGAUACUCUUCAGCAUGUGAAAGACAGCAAACACAUUGUUGUAUAUCAUAAGGGCCGUUACUUUAAAGUAUGGCUGUACCACGAUGGUAGACUGUUGAAACCUCGCGAAAUUGAACAGCAGAUGCAAAGAAUUCUUGAUGAUGAUUCAGAACCUCAAGCUGGUGAAGAGAAACUGGCAGCUCUUACUGCAGGAGAUAGAGUACCCUGGGCUAAAGCUCGACAGGCUUAUUUUAGCCGUGGAAAGAACAAACAGUCCUUGGAUGCUGUUGAAAAAGCAGCUUUUUUUGUGUCAUUGGAUGACAUUGAGCAAGGUUACAGGAAAGAAGAUCCUGUGAAGUCACUGGAUGCAUAUGCAAAAUCCUUAAUACAUGGCAGAUGUUAUGACAGGUGGUUUGAUAAAACAUUCACUCUUAUAGUAUUCAAAAAUGGCAGAAUGGGUUUGAAUGCAGAGCACUCUUGGGCAGAUGCUCCUAUUGUUGGACACCUGUGGGAGAAUGUAAUGGCAACUGAGUACCUUGAACUGGGCUAUUCAGAAGAUGGGCAUUGCAAGGGAGAUACCAAUCAAAAUAUUCCUAUUCCUACAAAACUACAGUGGGAGAUUCCAGAAGAAUGUGAAGAAGUGAUUGAGAGAUCUCUGAGCACUGCCAUAGCUCUAGCAGAUGAUGUGGACUUCUAUUCUUUUUUUUUUGAUGCUUUUGGGAAGGGACUAAUAAAGAAAUCAAAAACCAGCCCUGAUGCCUUUGUGCAGCUUGCCCUGCAGCUUGCUCACUAUCGGGACAUGGGAAAAUUUUCUUUAACAUACGAAGCCUCUAUGACACGCUUGUUUAGGGAAGGCAGGACCGAAACUGUUCGUUCCUGUACUGUUGAAUCAUGCAACUUUGUUCAAGCUAUGGAAGACCCAACUGAAAGUAAUGAAAAUAAGCUUAAGCUAUUUCGACAUGCUGCUGCCAAACAUCAGCUCUUGUAUCGUCUCGCCAUGACUGGUGCUGGCAUUGACCGCCAUCUGUUCUGCCUUUAUGUCGUGUCCAAGUACCUUGCUGUAGAUUCUCCUUUCCUUAAGGAAGUUUUGUCAGAGCCUUGGAGACUGUCAACAAGUCAGACGCCACAGCAACACAUUGAUCUGAAGAGGAACCCUGAGAUGUUAUCUUGUGGUGGAGGAUUUGGACCUGUGGCUGAUGAUGGUUAUGGUGUUUCUUAUAUUAUCUUGGAUGAAAAUUCCAUCCAUUUCCACGUAUCCAGCAAAAUAUCUUGUUCUGAGACGGAUUCUCAUCGUUUUGGAAAAAACAUCCAAAAAGCAAUGGUUGACAUCAUGGGUUUGUUUAGCCUUAGUAAAAACUGUGCCAAGUGAUUUGCCUUAUUGGUGCCAAGCAAUCCACUUGUUGGAAUGGGAACUCUUCUGAGAGAAUGAGAGCAAGGUUUGUCAAACAGUAACUGGUGAAGAAACUGAGUCAAGAUCUUCUUGAUCAUCUACAAAAACCUUAGCAGUGUAUCAAAUCUUUCAGGUUUUGGGUUUUUUUUUUCAGUAGUUUGGAAGAAUUCAUUUCCACAAAGGAUGACUUUUGAAAACUUGUAUGUUUCUAGGGAUGAAGUAUAGUAUCACUGCAUGAAGUCAUGUAUAUUCUAAUUCCUGCAGUUUUUUCUUAAUUUGUAUGCACUUGCUCUUUUAUUACUUAAAAUUAGUCUAUUUGUAUUCCAGAAUCAAAGGGAUAAAGCACACUCUUAAGUACUAGAAAAAGUUAGAUUUCUAUGUAUUAAUAGCAGAAUGUUCUUCGAUGUAUCUGCUGCUUUAUGUCAAUGAAAGACAAAACACAUGGCUGUUAACCUUCAUUGGUUUUGUGAGUCCUUUUUUAAAGGUAAAUUCUGUAAAGCAUGCAAAAAAAAAUUAUACACCCUGGUAUAUCCCACUGUAACAUGCCAAAUUGUAGACUUUGGGGAAUUUGGAAGAAAAAUAAACAUUGGGUAGUGAUACAUGGGAUAGUAAAAUGUGUCACCUAGUUAGCUGGUGUCACAUUUUUCUUAUCAUCUAGAAGCAUGUUUGCUGUAUCACUGAUUUUUAUUUCCAUGUAUAAAACAUGGGCCUGUGUGUUUUUUUAUGCAAGUAACUUAGAAAAAGAUCCUAAACCCAGAAAAAAAGCUUAUGCUGGGAGUUGGGUUUACAUUGUGUUAGUGGUGAAGGAAUGCAGAUCUAGUCUUCAAAUUAUUUAAGUUGAUGUGGCACAAGUAGACUUGAAUAUAUGGCCAUAUGGUGCAGUUAGGUUUGAAGCUGUAAUGAAAUGCUCCCAUCGUAAUUGGCAAAGAUCAGACACUAGGAAAUGCAGGAGUAACUUUG